AUGGCGACACAAACAGUCAGAGCCUCUGUCCUCCACGCAGCAAAAGACCUCCGCGUGGAAGAGCGCACCAUCCCAACCCUCCAGCCCACCGAAGUCCUCGUAGCAGUAAAGUCGACGGGUCUCUGCGGCUCCGACCUGCACUACUACAACCACUACCGCAACGGCGACAUCCAGGUGCGCCAGCCCAUGACCCUCGGCCACGAGUCGGCCGGCACCGUGACGGCCGUGGGGUCGGGCGUGACGGACCUCAAGCCGGGCGACAACGUCGCGCUCGAGGUCGGGCUGCCCUGCGGCGAGUGCAAGCUAUGCACGCAGGGCCGCUACAACAUCUGCCGCGCCAUGUCGUUCCGCUCCUCCGCCAAGAGCUUCCCCCACGCCCAGGGCACCCUGCAGGAGCAGAUCGCCCACCCGGCCGCCUACUGCCACAAGCUGCCCGCCGGCGUGCCGCUCGAGCUCGGCGCCCUCGCCGAGCCCCUGUCCGUCGCCCUGCACGCCGGCGACCGCGCCCGCCUCGACCCGGGCGCCACCGUGCUCGUGCUGGGCGCCGGCGCCGUGGGCUUGCUGUGCUGCGCCGUCAGCAAGGUCCUCGGCGCGCGGAGGGUGGUCGUCGCCGACAUCAACGCCGACCGCGUGCAGUGGGCCGUGGACCGCGGCUUCGCUGAUGCCAAGGUCGUGGUGCCCAUGAAGAGGCCCGACACCGUCGAGGCGAAGCUCGAGUUUGCGCGCGAGGUCGCGGCGCUGGUUGCCGAGGCCAAGGGCGCGGACGGGGAGUUGGUGGGCGACGUGGACGCCACCUUUGAGUGCACGGGUGUUGAGAGCUGUCUGCAGGCUGCCAUCUACUCCACACAACCGGGCGGCAAGAUCCUCAUCAUCGGCAUGGGCACACCCAUCCAGACGCUGCCCAUCUCGGCCGCCUCGCUCAAGGAGGUCGACCUGGUCGGCGUCUUCCGCUACGCAAACACCUACCCGCGCGUGAUCGAGCUGCUGGCCGGUGGGAACCCAAAGCUGCCGCCCGUCGCCGAUCUCAUCACGCACCACUACGACGGGCUCGACAGUAUCCCCGAGGCGUUCGGCAUGGCGGGCAAGGUCAAGGACGACAAGGGCGACCUGGUGCUGAAGGUCAUGGUGAAUAUGUAG